AUUGGCUGAGUCGGGAGCUCCGCGGAUGCUUGUCGAAGAUGGCGGCCCUGUGCGUGUGCCGGUUUGUUAGUAGAGACUGGCUGUGGAAAGUUCCCUUGGCUACACGUAGAGACUUUUGGUCUCGAUCCAGAAAGGAGAAAGAGCCCCUGGUGCCUGAAGCAGUAGAGGAAGUGAAGAAAGAACCUGUCUUGGUGUGUCCACCCUUACGAAGCCGAGCGUACACCCCACCUGACGAUCUCCAGAGUCGCUUAGAAUCUCAUAUCAAAGAAGUUCUUGGUUCAUCUCUUCCUAAUAAUUGGCAAGAUAUCUCCCUGGAUGAUGGUCAUGUGAAGUUCAGACUCCUGGCACAUUUAGCUGACGACUUGGGCCAUGCAGUACCUAACUCUAGGCUCCACCAAAUGUGCAGGGUCAGAGAUGUUCUUGAUUUCUAUAAUGUUCCUAUUCAAGACAGAUCUAAAUUUGAUGAACUCACUGCCAGUAAUUUACCUCCCAAUUUGAAAAUCAGUUGGAGUUACUGAGCAUUUCAAUCAACGAACACACUGAGAUCAUUUACUCUCCUCACUAAGGUGGCUGACAAACCUUGUGAUAUGUUACCCAUCAGAACUCCUCUCGAAACCUCCCUUUCCUAUACUUUUUUUCUCCCUGUAGAACAACACAUCUUUUUUUCUCAUGAAGAGUCAACAAGGAAAACCUUUUCACAUUUGCUAAAGCUAACUUCCCCCAAUAAAAUCAAGUUUUGAUAGUUUAUGAAAAUGUUCUUAUUCUGAGAAAUAUGAUCAGGGUUGUUGAAUGGAAUAGAAGUGAUAGUAUGAAUAGAUAUUGAAAGGGGAUUUGUUAGGUUAGCUUACAUUAGGGUCUAGGUAGCUCAUCAAUGGCCAUUUCACACCGGUGAGGCCGAGAACCUGGCUGUUGUGCACUCCACAAGGCUGACUCUCUCUGCAUUGCCAGGCUGGUGCAGAGGGCCUAGAGGAUUCUUUGAAGAUCUUACUGAUCUUCAGUCUAUGAUGGUAGCCUGAUGGUUGUAAUACGAGUGAAGAAAGGCAGCAAUGGCAGGAACAGGAUAGGUGUACUUGUCAGUAGAGUGAAGGCAAACGGGCAGAAGCCGCACCUUCUGCACGGGUUCUGCCCACCACCAUUAGGGUGCACUUGCUGAGAUAAUCUGAUUAGGACAGUUCCUCAGUGGAGUGGCCAGAGGAUAAUCUGAUUAAGAUAGUCCCUCAGUGGAGUGGCCAGAAGAUAAUCUGAUUAAGACAGUCCCUCAGUGGAGUGGGCAGUUGCUUGUCUUGUAGUUGACUCCAGAUGAGUCAAGUUGACAAGCAAGAUCAGCCAUCAUGCGGAGACACUAAUUAAUUUGGGUUUAAGAUAGGAGGCCAUGGCAAAUUCAGAUGUUUUCUCUGCCCUUCAUAUGGAUAAAGUAGUAGUUGCUAUAAAAUGUUCUCAUCUGAUUAAGGCUCAUAGAUACAGGAUUAUUAUACAUACAUAUACAAAUAAUGAAAUGUAGGAGAAAUUGGAAAAAAUAUGAACAUCGGGUACACACAGAAAGUUCCACUCAGAGUUUUACUCCACGAGUGAAGAUGGAAGAAAGUACACUGGUUUCUGGCUUUAUCUCUUGGGAUUAAAGCAGAUUUAUUAAAGUGUGGCAUCUUUCUUUUUGAAUGAAAUUCACUUUUAUGUAUCCCUUUAUUAUUUCCUUAAAAUGUGUACUUGAACUGAAAAAAAAAUACCUAGCAAUUAUUUUUAUAAGGUUGUUGCCAGAUUCUACAUUUAAUUGCAUAUUCCUAAAAUGAAGCAUAUUUCAGUCUUUUCUGUAGUUUUGAAAAUGGCCUUAGUUAGUUCCGAGGUUGACACAUCUUUGUAUUUGCUGUACUUAGUUUGUAGAGUUUAUUCGAAUAAAGUACCAGAUAGAUCUGAA